GCUAAUUCUGCAUUUUAGGCGCAAACUCGUAUUGUCGGUCUCACGAAUCUGUAGGGACGGACCUAAUCCGUCCCUAUCUCCUGCCAGUACAGUAUUACGGAGCUGUGGUCUCCGGCAAGCUUAUCGAAAGAUUGUGCUACCGGUGUCUUUUUGAAGUAGAUGAACAGCUCAGCGCGAAGAGAAUUCCGUCGCAUCAAAUCAAGAAAAUCAAGUGGUGGAAGAUUGUUUUACACCGGUACUUGUAAGAAGGAUGCGAUGCCUGCCCACGAAACACGCCGUCGUGUGAAGCUUUAUGCUCUCAAUGCAGAGAAGCAGUGGGAUGAUAAGGGAACUGGUCAUGUUGCAUCAUCUUAUGUUGACCGUCUGAAAGGCUAUUCCCUCCUCGUCCGAGCUGAAGUAGAUGGUUCUAUCUUGCUGGAAUCUAAAAUCCAGCCAGAUACCACGUACCAGAAGCAACAGGAAACUCUGAUCGUGUGGUCUGAAGGAGAGAAUUACGAUUUAGCCCUCAGCUUUCAAGAAAGAGCUGGAUGUGACGAAAUAUGGGAGAAAAUCUGUCAGGUCCAAGGCAGAGAUCCCUCGGCGGAUACAACGCAAGAAAUUGUUGACGAAAGUGAAGAUGAACGUUUCUCCGAAGAGAACGAACUUUUGUCAUCUGCGGACACCACCUUCAAUAUCACGUCACUCGAUUUGCCCCCUCCCGAUGUUCCUCGAUUAGAGGAGAUUGAUGAAGUAAGACGUACCUAUUGCCUAUCUGCGCCAGUUCGACGAGAGAAACUUGCGAUGGUGCUAGAAAGUGAAGAUUAUUUACGUCGAUUAUUGAGUUUGUUUACUGUUUGUGAAGACAAGAAAGACACUGACGCGCUGCAUCACCUAUAUGCAAUUGUUAAGAAUAUCUUCUUGAUGAACCGGACGACGCUCAUCGAAAUGCUUCUUCAUGAUGAUAUGGUGUUUGACGUCAUCGGUUGUUUGGAGUACGACCCGUCCAACAAGGGAGACCGGCGGAAACACAGAGAAUAUUUGAAGUUGGGUGUGAAUUUCCGGCAGAUCGUUCCAACGGUGAACAAGGAGUUGAAUGCCAAAAUUCAUCAAACCUACCGCGCGCAGUACCUGCAUGACGUUGCUCUACCGACGCCGUCAUUCUUCGAAGACAGCACGUCAACAUUGUCGUCGUUCAUAUUUUUCAACAAAGUGGACAUUGUUAACAUGGUUCAGAAAGACGAACAGUUUCUUCGACAGAUCUUUUCGGAAUUGACAGAAGAAGAAACGGAAAUUGGACGCCGUAGAGAUUUAAUUCUUUUCCUGAAAGAGCUUUCAACUUUUUCUCAAACGCUCCAACCUAUCAACCGCGAAUCCUUGUUGAAGCAACUUUCAUCUUUCGGAAUUCUGCCUGCUCUGGAAAUAGCGAUGUGUUUAGAAAAUCAGUUCGUAGUCCGUACGGCAGCAACCGACAUUCUGAACAUGCUCGUCGAGUUUUCUCCGUCAAUCGUGCGCGAGUACAUUCUCAAUCAAGCUGGACAUGUGGAGGAAGACCAGCUUUUUUCGAAUGUACUGAUCGAAGUGAUGAUGUGCGACCCAGACCCCGACCUCAGCAGUGCAGCACAAUUGCAGAGCAUACUCAAGAUUCUGCUAGAUCCGGAGAACAUGCUCGCAGCGAUGAACAAGUCCGAAAAGAGUGACUUUUUGUCGUAUUUUUAUAAGCAUUCAAUGCACGUGCUUACGGCCCCGUUGCUACUGCAUACGUCAGAAGACAAACCAGGGAAGGACGACGCACAUACUGCAAAUCUUCUCAGUCUGAUCGUGGAGUUGCUAGGCUUUUGUGUGGACCAUCACACUUUCCACAUAAAAAAUUAUAUCAUUGGAAAGGAUCUCUUACGGCGUGUGCUUGUUUUGCUCAAGUCUUCUCACAAGCACCUAGCGCUUAGUGCCCUCCGGCUUAUGAGGAAGAUCAUCGGUCUGAAAGACACUUUCUACCACAAUCACAUAAUAGAGAAAUCUUUAUUCAAGCCCGUUGUGGAAGCACUGCUGCAAAACAAGGGGCGAUACAACUUGUUAGAUUCCGCCAUUCUAGAACUUUUCGAGUUCACAAAAACUGACGUUACACUGUUGUUCAGUCAUGUUGUUGAGAAGUAUGGGAAGGAGUUGGAGGUUGUCAAUUAUGCACCGACUUUUCGGGACAUGCGAAAGAAGUGCGAGGAAAAACUCUCUGAUCGAAUUGAUCGGACGUUGUUUGGGAAAAACGUAGGUCGGUUUCGCCGUGACCCACGUGAGCCGGACGAAGAUGAAGCUUUAUGGUUUGACGCGGACGAGGAGGAUGAGCCGGAACCGAUGCCGCCGGCGAACGAGGUGGCGCCUUGCAUCACAGCGAAAAACGAGGACGGGCCGUGUCUGGUGGUGACUGGCUCUCCGACUCUCACGUCUUCAGGCACCUCGUCGCUGGGCCAAGUGGGUCCUUCUGCAGUACCUUCUUUCCUAGCUGCCCUGAAUGUCGACCGACCGCUGUCUCCCGACUCGCGGGAGCCUACGGACGGCGGCCACGGGCUUCUCGCGGCGCACAAAUCUCUCCUUCCUGGUGCCACUUCUUUGCUUCUGCUGUCUGAUGAAAGUGUGGUGAAGCCGUCGCUAUUUUUGGCGAUGCUCGUGUCCGAACGAGGCCUCGUCGACUACGAGGGGGAUUCGGAUGACGAAGAAACUGAGCGGGACGACGGUGACGCGGAUUGCGAAGAGGAAGAAGAGGAGGAGGAAGAGGACGAAGAAGAAGAGACCGAGGAGGACGCAGAAGCCGAAACCAAACCCGAGAAUCCCGACGAGUCAAAGAAAACCCCUGUUGCACUAGAAGACAAAGUGAAUGGUUCAGAAGAGAAGGUUUCUUCUCCUCAACCCGCCAAAGACGCGGAAGUCGACGACAGCGCCCAAAAGGUUGCGUCAACCACAGCAAACGACAUCUCGUCAGACGCUGUGGAAUCAGCGACGGCGGUGAAACCGGAGGAGGAAGAAAAGCCUGUAAUUGGCAAUGCCGAACCAGCAGCAGUAGAAACUGUUCCGGAGAUUGAAUCGGCUGCUUCUGAAGAAGAGCCGCCGAAAGCUGAGGAGGAGACUGAAAAGCCAGUAGUCGAAGAAGAAGGAGAAGAAAAAGAAGAGGUGGAAACGGAGAAAGUGGUUGAAAAAUCGCCGGAGGAGGAGGUGAAGAAAGAGGAAGAAAAUUCGGUUAUUGAAAAAAUGGAAGUAGAGGAAGAGGAGGUAGAAGAGAAGAAGCAGGAGCCUGAGGAAAUCGCACAGGAAAAUCAAGACCCAGAGAAGACGACUCUGUCUUCAUCCGACGAGGUAACGAGUGUCGUGGAAAAGUCUCCGCCACCCCCGGACAGAACGGGUUGCAAGCGCUCUCGCAGCGAACCCGAGGACGAACCCGUGGAAGUGACGACCCAAGCAGAGACGGAGGAUUCGCCGCCGCCUGCGGAAGCGGAUGCAAAACGUCCUAGAACGGAGUGAUGCAUCUCUGUUUCUCUCUCACUCUCUGCAUUCUUUUUAUUUGUUUGCCUCUGCUAGCUUUUGUUUCUCUCCCCGUCCCGUGCGAUGAGGCUGGGCUUGGUUCGAGAGGUUUUUUCGUGUUUUUUUUUUUUGUGGAUGCCGAGUGAAGAGGAGGCAUUGGGGAGCGAGGGAACUUGAAUGCGUUCCGUUUUUUGCUGGUUCGGCGAGAUGAUUAACUGCUGUGCGAAUGAUGAACAACGUGGAGAGUUUUUGAAAGGGGUGAAUUUUUGUAUCCGCUGUUCGGUCCGGAGAUCGGGCGGCAAGAGUUUUCCACGUGUUGUGCCGCCGCGCAUGUCUAAUUCACAUUUGUUGUUCCUCGUGGUUUCCGGCAAUAAAAAUCCGAUCAUCGUGGUUCCUUACGUGUUCCAACAGCAAUGCUGAAUUGCGAGGAAUUUUCCCUCGAUUUUUGAGACCGAUAGAAGCGUUCGUACGGGGAAUUUAUUUUAGUCGCACUACGUCUCCGAUGCCAGACAUUCCUGCUAACUAAAUUAGUUUCUUGAUGAAAAAUACAGUACCGUGCAUAUCCAUAUAUAUUUUUUAUACAUAGAGCGAACUCCGAAGUCUCUUUCAGGUGUUUGUGUCAUCAUGAAUGAACGUAAAUUAAAUGUUAUCACUCAAAUCCACUUAAAAGAAGAGAUGAUUAAAAAGGAACCAUGUUACUCCUCUGGCUCUCUGCAUUGUGGCAGGAAGAGUAACGGUCUCAAAAAUCAUGGGAUUUUUAAGCGUUUGUGAUUGUUUGUACGAAUCCAAUAGAAUCUUCAAAUAGCAAGUAAUUGUUUAAUGAGAAUUGGAUUUGUAAGGUACCUCCACGAUGCAGAUGGAGGUGUUC